AUGGUCCGUCGCAAGCAUUGCCUUACGCGCACCCAGCAGAUCUUCCGCGAGCUGACGAAAAGGUCAGUGAUCGAGUGGCACUGGGGACCGCCUGCCAAUGUGGUGGCACUAAAUGCGAAAAGUCGAUGCUUGGCCAAUCAUUGCUUGGACGACUUGAGGCGGGCAAAUCUUUGGGUCCCACGUUGCGAGGCCUUGGAAGAAGAUGGAACGCCUAGCUGUGAGGAGAUAUCCAGGCAAGAUCCUUCUCUACUGGACCUCUAUGGCAUUACCAAAAAUGGGCCAGCGGAUGGCAAGGACGCUGGUGCCAUCAACGGACGCGAGUUGAAAUUCUAUAAGAAAUCGGCUACUGGAUUGCAGUUUUUUCAGUCAGACAAUUUCCGCGUCCAUUCUUCGCAUUCUGCAUCCCGUUGGGAACUGAAAAUCGAUGGAGCUACGUGUCCCAGUGGGAAAAUGGCGCAAGAUCUCUACGUCCAGCCCCACAUGAAUCCCCAUCGCAUCAAUGGUUUUGGAUUCCACUGCAAAGGUGUCGGAAAAGGAGAUCACAAAGUGACUGUUCACGUGGGACCCACUCCGGGGUACGAGUCCGCCGGCCGCCAUGACGCCUACACGGGCCACGGUUGGGGCAAAAACGCCGCAUGGCACCUGGAAGCGCAAGAGAUACCGGCAGACUACCAACUUUAUCAUUUCAAGUCAGGUGCUGGGGGGGAUGGUCGAAGCUCUGGAGUUGUCAACGGCCGCACUUUGAAGUUCAAAAAACUCUACAAGGACAGUCGCUUACGGCUCUUUUACUCCGACAAUCUUCGAACAUAUUCAGGGAGCUACGCCUCGUGCCGUUGGACCAUUCGAGUGGAUGGCCAGGCAUGCAAGAGCGGCAACAUCGCGGGAGACGUGUACGUCCAUCCCCAUGACAACCCACAUCGCCCCCGAAGCUUCGCGGGCUAUUGCGAUGAUGUCUCCGUGGGAGAGCACACGGUUGAUGUCUUCAUAGGUACUACACCAGGCUAUAGCUACUGUGGCGGCUGGACCGGAUGGCAUCCAAGUGGAGGUGGAGCUCACUACCUGCUAGAGGCUGAGGAGAUUCCGAAUCCCAGCAGCUACCCUAUGUUGCAUUACAAGAUGGCGCACACGAGUGAUGGUAGAGAUGCGGGUGCUUUGGCCCAUUAUCAGCUGAGUUUUGAGAAGAAGAACAAGGAGACAAGUCUUCGGCUUUUUUUAACUGAAAACUUGCGGGCAUACAGCUCACAAUACGGUUGCACUUGCACUUGGGAGCUGUGGCAAAAUCGUGGUAAGAAAGUGAUGUUUUGAUAUGUUUUGUUCGACCUGGCCAAGCCGCCAAGGCUCAUUUUUUCCAUGUUUCGAAAACAUUCG